AUGACAACCAAAAAGGAUGACCCCCCGGCAGCCCUGGCCGAGGAGCUCGAGAUGCGAAAGAAACAAGACGAGGAGCACGUCGCCUUUGAGCAGAUCGACCCCGAGGAAGAGGCCGCCCUCGUCCGCAAGCUCGACCGAGUCCUGAUGCCGCUCAUGGCAUUUGUUUACUUCUUCCAGUAUCUUGACAAGCAGUCCAUCAACUACGCCUCCGUCUUCGGCCUCCGCCAGGACCUCCGGCUGACGGGCCAGGACUACUCGUGGGCCAUCUCGCUUUUCUACUUCGGCCAGCUCUGCUCUGAGUAUCCGGCCGCCUACCUCAUGGGCCGGCUGCCCAUCACGCUCUUCGUCGGCGUCACCAUCGUCGUCUGGGGCGGCGUCGAGAUGUGCCUCGGCGCGGCGCGCGACUUCCGCGGGCUCGCCGCCGCCCGCUUCUUCCUGGGCUUCGCCGAGGGCGCCGUCUCUCCCGCCUUCAUCGUCAUCACGUCCAACUGGUACCGCCGCCGCGAGCACCCGGUCCGCGUCGCCACCUGGGUCUCCAUGUCGGGCGUCUCGCAGGUCCUGGGGGGCCUGAUGAUGUACGGCAUCGGCGGCGCCGCGGAGCUGGCCAUGGACCGGUGGCGCGUCAUGUUCCUCGUCAGCGGCGGACUGACGUCGGCGUGCGGCAUCGCCUUCUGCGCGCUCAUGCCGCGGGACACGACGACGGCCUGGUUCCUGAGCGAGAGGGAGAGGGAGGUGGCCACGCGCCGGCUGGCGCUCGACCGCGGGACUCGGGACCGGGCCGAGUUCAACACGAAGCAGAUGUUCGAGGCGCUGCGGCAGCCCGUAACGUGGAUGUACAUGAUGAUGGCGCUCUGCAUCACCCUCACGACGCCUAUUCUCAAGUUCUCCUCCCUCGUCAUCAACGGCUUCGGCUACUCCCCCUUCACAACCAUGCUCGUCGGCCUCCCCGGCGGCGCCAUCAGCUUCGCCACCAUCUGGGCCAGCGCGCUGAUCCCGCGCUUCUUCCCCGGCACGCGCGUCUACACCUCCAUGGGCCUCUCGCUCGUGCCGCUCCUUGGCUCCGCCAUGCUCCUCGCGCUGCCCCUCAAGGGCGCCGAGUGGGCCAUCGUGGCGAGCACCUGGCUCGCGGCCUGCUGCAGCGCGCUGCUCAGCUCGUCGGCGUCCAUGAUGGCGUCCAACGUCAAGGGCAACACGAAGAAGUCGGUCGUCAGCGCCGGCUUCUUCGUCGUCUACUGCGUCGGCUGCAUCGUCUCGCCGCAGGCCUGGACCGAGGCCGACGCGCCGCGGUACACCAAGGGCUGCGUCCUCAGCAUCGCGAGCUGGGCGGCGCUCGUCGUCACGUACGGCGUCUACGGGGCCGCGCUGCGGAGGGAGAACGCGCGGCGGGACGCGCUCGCGGCCGAGGGGCGCUACGAGUACGACGCCGGCGGGCACGGCGGCGGCGGCGCGGAGGCGGUGCAGAUGGGCGUCGCUGUGGACUCGGACCUGACGGACGUGCAGGACAAGGCGUUUAGGUACAGCCUGUGA